AACCAAACCGCCUUACAUCGGCCUCUCCUAGCUCCACCGUUCCAUUUCGCGUUUUUCUUCCUUUUUCCUUAUCUCGUUGUCAAGAAAGAGAGGAAAACAAAGAAAGCAUCGACAUAUAUCUGUCCAUAUAAAUACAUUUUCUUUCCUUCCCUUUCCUUUCCUGUGAUAUAUACGAUCACACGAUACCUGUUCUUGCUCUCGAUUUCCAGAAGGCCCGACCCGAACAAUCGAAUCCCCUCCUCCUCUUCUUCUCGCCUCCACUCGUAGCUGCAAAAGCUCCGCCUCUUCUUCCGAUCCUCAAUCAAAUUCUGCCCGUCGAGCAGGCCCUUAAUCAGCAGCAAGAUUGAUUCUCUCUUCUUCGUUUUGCAAUCUGAAGGUGUUGCUGCUGACUACUGACCCUGGAAGAAGUUCAAAGAGCGUCGUGUAGUAGCAUGAUGCGGUUGUGCAGGUGAUGGUGAGCGUGCAGAGCCAGGGAGCCAUGGUGCGGUCGGAGGAGGACCUGGGCCCGCCAUGGCUGCAGCCGCUGCUGGGCACGAGCUUCUUCGUCCCCUGCCGCGCCCACCCGGACCUGAGCAAGAACGAGUGCAACCUCUUCUGCCUCAGCUGCGCCGCCGCCGCCGGCGCGCUCUGCUCCUACUGCCUCCCCGCCCACCGCGACCACCACGUCGUCCAGAUACGGCGUUCGUCGUACCACAACGUGAUCAGGGUGUCGGAGGUGGGGAAGCUGAUCGACAUCGCGCACGUGCAGACGUACGUGAUCAACAGCGCCAAGAUCGUGUUCCUCAACGGGAGGCCGCAGGCGAGGCCGGGCAAAGGGGUCACCAACACCUGCGAGAUUUGCUGCCGCAGCCUCCCGGACUCGUUCCGCUUCUGCUCCCUCGGAUGCAAGCUCGGGGGAAUGCAGUGGGACCCGACCCUGACGUUCGCCAUCCGGCCGAAGCGUGGCCAGGACUCCGGCGGCGAUGGCUACGGCUCCGAUGACUCUUUCAGCCCCAGGAAGGUCCGGAGGGCCGGGUUCGAGCUCGGCCGCUUCGACCGGGGGAUCCGGUGGUCCGACGACGAAGGAAGCAGGUCGAACACCGGGUCGAUCACGCCGACGACACCGCCGAUGAACCGGUGCCGGCCGUCCAGGAGGAAGGGCAUCCCUCACCGUGCGCCGUUCUACGGUUAGACUCCAGUGAAAGCUCUCAGCCUCUUCAGUCAAGUGACAAUCCUAUCACUACUAGCAGUAAUGCACUGUGUCAGUCAGGUCGGAGUAGUGAAGUGAUCCAGUUAGUAGGUCACUACCUAGCUAGCUAGCCAGGUACGUAUAUAUACUUGUAUAUACAUAUACAUAAAUACAUGCAUAUACAAUAAUGUAGGUCAAGUAUGUGUAUACAUGCAUGCAUCAAUAUAUUGACAAAGGUUGUCAAAUAGCAUACAAGGCCAUGGCCAUGGCCGGCGCCCAUGGAGUGGUGGCCGUGUGCUUCAUGUAGAAAAUAAGGUGGUGAUCCAAGAAAAGCGGUCAGAAACACAGAGAAUAGAAACAUAGGCAGGGUUUUAAUUAGUCUGGGUAGGUUGAGAUUGAUAUGUGAAAAGUAAUAAUCAUCAUGUAUUUGUCUCGGUUUGUAGCACUUUAAUUUGGCUGUCUAGCUGCCCCCACCCAAUGUGUUUAUUAGCGUUGCGGUGUGUAACUUUCAAGUUUCAGCCUCCUUGCCUUUCAGGAACAUAAUUUGUAUAGACAGUGUAUGUUGUUACUGGGAGAAAAACAAAGAAAAGGAAUUAUGCCUCAAGCACGUGUUAUGUAACUAA